CUUUGCAAGGGGACAGGCUGUGCCAGCCGGGCGCUCUCUGGCAGGCUGCUGGCAGCAUGGCAGCAAAGCUGCGGGCCCUCCUCCUGGUCCUCGCGCUCACUCCUGGGCAGCUGGUCCCAGCCAGCGGCCGGAAGCUCCUGUUGUUUCUGCUGGAUGGGUUUCGCUCUGACUACAUCAGCGACGAGGCCCUGGAGUCCUUGCCCGGGUUCCGAGAGAUUGUGAGCAGGGGCGUCAAAGUGGAUUACCUGACCCCAGACUUCCCGAGUCUCUCCUACCCCAACUACUACACGCUCAUGACCGGCCGGCAUUGUGAGGUCCACCAGAUGACCGGGAAUUACAUGUGGGACCCCACCACCAACAAGUCCUUUGACAUUGGUGUCAACAAAGACAGCCUGAUGCCCCUCUGGUGGAACGGGUCGGAGCCGCUCUGGGUCACUCUGAUGAAAGCCAAGAAGAAGGUGUACAUGUACUACUGGCCAGGCUGUGAGGUUGAGAUUCUUGGUGUCAGACCGACUUACUGCCUAGAAUAUAAAACUGUCCCCACGGAUAUUAACUUCGCCAAUGCUGUUAAUGAUGCUCUAGACUCAUUCAAGAGUGGCCGGGCUGACCUGGCAGCCAUCUACCAUGAGCGCAUUGAUGUGGAAGGCCACCACUAUGGCCCUUCGUCACGGCAGAGGAAGGAUGCCCUGGUGGCCGUGGACAGCGUCCUGCAGCACAUGACCAAGUGGAUCCAGGAACGGGACCUGCAGGACGACCUUGACGUCAUUAUCUUCUCAGACCAUGGGAUGACAGACAUUUUCUGGAUGGACCAAGUCAUCGAGCUGAACAAAUACAUCAACUUGAAUGACGUGCAGCAAGUGAAGGACCGAGGCCCUGUCGUCAGCCUGUGGCCAGCCCCUGGGAAGCAUGCAGAGAUAUACAGCCAGCUGAGAGCCGUGGGACAUAUGACCGUCUACGAGAAAGAAGCCAUACCUGGCAGGUUCUACUACAAGAAAGGGAAGUUUGUCUCUCCGUUGACCUUAGUGGCUGAUGAAGGAUGGUUCAUCACAGAGAGUCGAGACUCACUGCCAUUUUGGAUGAACAGCACCGGCAAGCGGGAAGGCUGGCAGCGUGGAUGGCAUGGGUAUGACAAUGAGCUGAUGGACAUGAGGGGCAUCUUCCUGGCCUUUGGACCAGAUUUCAAGUUCAACUUCCGAGCUGCUCCCAUCAGAUCAGUGGAUGUCUACAACGUCAUGUGCAGUGUGAUGGGUGUCACGCCUUUGCCCAACAACGGCUCCUGGUCCAGGGUGGCAUGCAUGCUCAAGGAUAGGGCUGGCUCCAUCAUGCCCUACUCGCUGGGUGGCUGGGUCCUGGCCUGGACCCUCCUCUGGCUGUUCGCAUAGCUGCCCCUCCAUGAUGUCCCCUAGGCAUGAGGCAGAGGGCGCUGUGGCAGAAGAAGGCUUUACAUUUUUCUAUUUGAAAUUUGAAUAGCUUCAUUAACACAAUCAAGGCCACGAAAAUCAUCAAGCUAUUAUUCUUGUAUGAUCCUAUCUAUGAAAUUCCCAACUUUUUUUAAAAAAGGAAAAUAAUACAAAACUUGAUUUUUAUCUCUAGAGGUAAGAAAAAAAAAAUCUAGCACUUUGGGAAAAACAUCCUUCCUAGAGAGCCCUUGUGUUCUCUGACCACACCAGCAGCUGUCCUUGUCUUUAGGUCAGUGGCCACAGUGCUCCACUGCUUCUUCCAUCCACGGGAAGACAGUAGCUGCCAUCAGCUAUCUCCCAGGAUGGAAUAUUUUCAUCUUACACCAAGUCCCAGGAAGAGUGUAUCUUAGCUUAGCCCACCAAUCAAUCAAAGUCACUAGGGACUGGAGAAUGCCCAAAACAAGGGGAAAGGCUGGGGCUCCCUCCCUGAGGCUUGAGUGACCAAAAUCUCUCCUUGGCUCUGGGUGUGGGACAGCUUGCAGUAGAAGCGGCAGAACGGAACAGAACAGCCCAGGAUGCAGGACUGUGGCAGCCUGACAUCUUGAUGGCUUCCCUUGAAGGAUUCCCUUCCUGCCUGCCCCUCUCUCCUGGGGAGGCCUCCGGGAAUCCCUUUAUCCAGUGGAGACUAGAAGCAUUCCUGACAGAUCCUUGUGGUCUGAACAAGGGCUGUGUCGAGGAUUAGAGUGUGGACAUAUUUCCUGAACUCUUGGUCCCAUGCUUGAAAUGAUGAUGCAUUGAGUCUAAGUUUGAUAUACCAGUAGUACGCAAGUAAGGCUUGUUGAUCCACAGCAACAAAGUGAAUACUUGAAGGACCCAGGCUUUGAAUGAAAGAGGUAAAAGGGAGAGGACAAUGGGGAGAACAUGAUAGAGACCAACGCCUAGUCACUAGUUAAUUAGCCAUUCAAUUGGGCGAAACUGUGAUGGUCAAAUAACUAGGAGACCCAAGAACUUCAGAACUCCACCCCAACUCCCCGAGAAGAGCAGCUGAUUGAACUGAGGUGAGUUUAGUGUAGCCAGCGAUUUGCUGUCGGGAGAUCCUACUGAAAAACAAGGGAUUACUGUGUUUUUAAAUGAUCAGUCAGUCUACCUGUAUGUAGCUCCCUAUAUAAUAUAUUCCUCAUUUAUACAGCAGUAGGUAGAGGUGGGUGAAGCAGCAUCUACACACACAGGAUUUAAAAAGAAAUAAGGAAGGAGACUUUAUGUCUGGGAGAGUAGCACUUCCGGGAUGGUGAAGCAUUGAGUGGUCUUGACCUUGAAAUGCCAGACCAGCACCCCUAUCAAGAAGAUAGGGAGCUAUCUCAAUCCUUGCAACCUGAAGAACAAAGGAUCUUGCUCAAAAAUAUCAAACUUAUCUUCACCAACGGUGUUUAAGGACUUAGUUUAUGUCUUAAAAGCACCAGCACACUUCAAAUCAACUGGAAAUAAGGCAAAUCAAUCUUAGGGAUCUAGCUAAAAGCCAGUGUGUGUAUUUAGCACCUUGGCCAUGGUGUAGACACAUGCAGUAGGUCCCUUCUUUUCUUCUUCAAGGACCCCUCUCUGUUUAAUUCAGUAGUACUCAUCUUCCUCCCGUGUGAAGGAAAGGUCCCUUAAAGAUAUCCUAGUGAAUAAAUUACUCAACAAAACCUUUUUUGGGGGAUAUAAACAUGGAGUCUUGCACUUGUCCUGCUGUUCUACAUGUCAACCCCCUCAUUCAACCUUGAAAAUCUUCAAGUAGGACCCAAGAUACAGAGCAAAUAUGGCACUUGUGUUGCAUGUGGUUUACCUGAAUUCAAUCCCUGGCACCCCAGAUAGUCCCCCUCCCCCCACCAAGCCUCACUAGGAAUGAUCCCUGAGCACAGAGCAAGGAGUAAGUCCUAAGCACCGCCAAAUGUGGCUCAAAGACAAAAAAUGUUUAAAAAUAAAAAAUGAAAUCUUCAAGUAACAUAAGAUUUCUGAUAUGUGUCUU